AAUGUUUAUUCCGUGAUGCUUUUGAGCAGCACGCACGAGGUUGCAAAAGCGAGGGGAUAUAAAGCUCUUGCAAUUGACCUGAUCCCAUUUCCCUCUCGUCUUUGUUACUGGCAGGAAAUAUUCCCGGUGGAAACCCUCCGGAAAGCAGCUCGGCUGGGAUUUGGGGGCAUCUACGUGAAGCCAGAGGUGGGGGGCUCUGGGCUCUCUCGGCUUGACACCUCCGUCAUCUUCGAGGCUCUCUCGACCGGCUGCGUCAGCACCACGGCUUACAUCAGCAUCCACAACAUGUGCGCUUGGAUGAUCGACACCUUUGGGAACGAAGAACAGAGGCUGAAAUUCUGCCCUUCCCUUUGCAGCAUGGAAAAAUUCGCCUCUUACUGCUUGACCGAGCCGGGAAGCGGAAGCGAUGCGGCUUCAUUGUUAACUUCGGCCAAGAAACGUGGCAAUGUGUAUAUCCUCAACGGCUCCAAGGCUUUCAUCAGCGGUGGUGGCGACGCUGACCUCUACGUGGUGAUGUGCCGCACAGGCGGGGAAGGCCCGAAGGGCAUCUCCUGCCUGGUGCUGGAGAAAGGAACUCCGGGCUUGAGUUUUGGCAAAAAAGAGAAGAAAGUAGGUUGGAAUUCGCAACCAACCCGGGCGGUCAUCUUCGAAGACUGCGCCGUUCCGGUAGCCAACCGGCUAGGAGAGGAAGGCCACGGGUUCAACAUCGCCAUGCAGGGCCUCAACGGCGGGAGAAUUAAUAUUGCAUCCUGUUCCUUGGGGGCUGCCCAUGCUUCGGUUCUUCUGGCUCGAGAGCAUCUUAAUGUCCGCAAACAGUUCGGUGAGAUCUUGGCCACCAAUCAGAUCUGCAAUGAAGCCCUGCAGAUGCACGGCGGCUAUGGCUACCUGAAGGAUUACGCUGUGCAACAGUUUGUGCGAGACAUCAGGGUGCACCAGAUUUUGGAAGGGACCAAUGAAAUCAUGAAAAUGAUCAUAGCCAGGACUCUGUUACAAGCCUGAGUGUCCGGAGCUGGCCAUCGGCCUCAGUGUGCUACAAGGUGCUUUGGGGACACACGCGCCAGGCAAGAGGAAAAGCGAUGCAUUUUUCUCUUUGGCCUAAAUUCCAGAUUUUGCAACCGGCACAGACUGGUAGAGCUGGAAAGUCAGGACAAAGGCAGUCUGGUCUCAAUAGAUCCUUUUGUCCACAAUAGUGCCAACGCUGAACAUCUGCUCCCCACUACUGGUUGAAAUUCCUCCAUGUGGGAGUUCUCGGCAUCAGCCCUCCAUCACCAUGGGUUCCCGCAUCCCAGCAGCGUCUCCUCCUGGGAAGAAUCAGAUCCAUUCUGGAUUUAGCUUUAGCUGGGAAACCUACUCAUUUUCUUCUUAAUGCUUACUUCUCUUCAGAAAAAGGGAGAAUUGUUUCCCAAAGGAGACAAAAACCUCUCUCUCUUUAUUCCCCCAUCCCCCAGUCUUUAACACGGAAAGGAAGUCUUGCCAUGCUCUUGGUAAGUCAAUUUUUAGCAUGGGGAUGGUAGGAACCUGAUUUAAACAAAAACAAAAAUCUUUUGCCAUCGUGUUAGUUGGCCACAGAAAAGCCAACCAUGAACUUGUUCGUUUGUUUGCGUCAGAAGCAUCACAAUUGAAAUAAGACGUACUUGUAUGCCACACACAGUUGAAAAUAUAAAAUCACAGGAUUAAAAUCUGUACAAGCUAAAACGAAUCGCGCCCAGAGUGAAGUGCAAACUGCAGAUUAUUUCCUUCCGAAUGUUGGAAUCAAUAAACGCCUCGUGAUUUCUUGUC